CGACACUAUCGAUGGUUGGCCACUAUCGAGCCGCAAUCGAUUGUGUCAGACACCUUCGAUAGUGACCCAACCACUAUCGAUGGUGCCUUCGAUAGCUGGCGUCUCACAUCGCUAAAAUAAUUUUAGCAUUCGCUUGUGUACAAAUUUGUAAUUUUUGUAGAAAAUUGACGAAAACUAAAAAGGAACCAAUAAAUAUGGAUCGCUUUUUAAAAAAAGGUACACGUCGGAGGUCCCCAACGCCUACUGCGCCAAGUCCAGAAAAGCAAGACUGCGAUUGCACCAGCACAGACUCCGAAAAGGAUUUCUUACCCAACAAGCAGAGUAACUCAAAAAGGAGUAAGAUUUCGCAUGUUUGGAAAUAUUUUAAAAAGUCCGACGACCAAAAACUUGCCAAAUGCCUUUACUUUGGCAAGGAAUAUAAAACAAGCGGCAAUACGUUCAACUUGCGCGACCAUUUAAAAAGGUUUCAUCCUAGCUUGGAAAUAAACAAACCGGACUCUAGCAAACCAGUUGAAGUUACGGAUAAGAACGAGACUGCGUCUACAAGCAGCAGUUGCAGAUCAAGUAUGAAUUCUGUGGCUUCCUACUUCAAAAGAGCUGUCUUGUACGAGUCGAAUUCCAAGCGAAAGACCGACAUCGACAAAGCAUUAACAGAAAUGGUUGCUAAGGAUGUACAGCCGUACAACAUUGUCGAAAACGAAGGUUUCAUUAAGUACACUCAGGUAUUGAAUCCUCGUUAUAAAUUGCCAAGCAAGACACACUUGCGUGAUGUGCUUAUGUCCAAUCUCUACAAGGAAACCUCUGCCAAAUUGUCAUUGAUAUUGCAAGAAGUGUCGGAUGUAUCAAUAACAUGCGAUUUGUGGACAUCGAGUGCCAAUGCCAGUUUCUUGACAGGGACCGGUGAUUUUGUUAAUGACUUUGAACUAAAAACAGCGUCUUUGGCCACAAAAAAACUUUUAAACGCAACAAACCACUGUUCGCAAAACAUUGUAGAUACUUUGAGCACUAUUUUGAAUUAUUGGAACAUUUUAAACAAGACGGUGUGCAUUGUUACCGAUAAUGCCAGUUCCAUGCUUAAAGCAUGUGAAAUAUGCAAAUCCGAAAUCUGCCAUGCUUUUCGCACACAAUAAAUAAAGUUGUGCAAGGCGCCUUAAAAGUUGAUGACGCAGUCAUUCAAAAUUUGUUUUCUAAGUGCAAAUCCAUAAUGCGACUUUUUAAACAAAGCACGAUUGCUAAUGAAAAAUUUAAAUUGGCCCAAGAAGGAACGAAUUAUACUUUGCUGCAAGAAUCGCCAACUAGAUGGAACAGCUUCUUUUUUAUGAUCGAGAGAAUUCUAAAAACCAACGAUGCCAUUGCCAAAGUCCUAUUAGCAACAACUAAUGCACCUCAGCCAUUUACUGCUGAGGAAAUACUUGUGCUAAAGGAUGCAGAAAAAAUGUUGUCUUUCUUCCAGCAAGCAAGCGAAAAGAUUUCUGGUGGAAAAUAUGUGACCAUAUCACUUAUCAUACCCACAGCAUAUGGACUUUUCCGUAAAAUUGAAAGUGUGUCACCUCUGAUUCAAACUUUGGAAGGAAAAACUAUCCAAAAAAUACUAUUGGAAUCAAUAAAGAAACGCUUUUCCAUUUACGAGCACAGGACAAUUUGUAAGAUGGAAACAUUAUUGGACCCACGCUUUAAAAAAAACGGGUUUCAACACGCUUCAAACGCUGAACAAGCUGCAAUCUUUUUUGAAAACGAACUGGCACAUUUAUCAUUUAAAGAGACCACAAAUAAUCUGCACAUUUCACCGGACACAAGUGCUCAGGA